GAGUAUGUGUAAUCAGAGAGAGAGAGAGAGAGAGAGAGAGAGGAAGGGACCAACACAACACAUAAACAGAGAAGACUGAGGAGUGAAGAUGAAGACUAACAGAGUCUAUAUAUUUAUUUAUUUUCAGCACAGAAAGCGAAGCUUCUCUUUCCAUCAUUAUUAUUGCUCACCUUCUUUGUAUCACUUUUCUUUCACUCUCCUCUUGUUCUGUGCUAAGUGCUAACCCCACUUUCCUUUCUCUAUUACAUAUUAUACAUUCUCACAGGCACACAGAACCAACAAAACAAAAUAAAGGUUAAAGAAACAAGAAAACAAAAGAAAAUCACCCUAGAGAAGAAAAUGGAUUUCGAUCUUGAAAAUCCAUUGACUAGCUUGAAAGAACACCAAUUUGAUACUAUCCCAGAUCUCUUUGCCUCUGAAUCUGACCACAUGCCUUCAAGAAACUUCUUAAAAUGCUUGAAAACCUGUGACUUCUAUUCCUCCUUUCGUCAAGAAGCCAUUUCUCUCAUUUUACAGACACAGUAUUCUUGCAACUUCGAGCCCUUUCUUGCUUAUCUUGCGAUCAAUUACGUGGAUCGAUUCAUCUCCAGGCAAGAAAUCCCGCGAGGCAAGCCGUGGGUUCUGCGACUUCUCGUAAUAUCGUGCCUUUCUCUGGCAGCAAAGAUGAAGAACACCCAUUUCUCACUCUCUAAUUUACAGAGGGAAGAAAGUUUCAUCUUCGACAUGCAAACGAUUAAUCGAAUGGAGCUUCUCAUUCUUGAUGCUCUGAAUUGGCGAAUGAGAUCCAUAACACCUUUCUCUUUCGUGCAUUUCUUCAUUUCUUCAUUUGAACUCAAAGAUCCAGCAUUAACACAAGCACUAAAAGAUCGAGCUGCAGAGAUUAUUUUUCAAGCUCAUAAUGAAAUAAAGUUACUAGAGUUUAAGCCAUCAAUUAUUGCAGCAUCAGCCCUUCUUGUAUCUUCCCAUGAACUAUUCCCACUGCAGUUUCCAUCUUUCAGAUGUUCAAUUUCCUCUUGUGAAUGUGUAAAUACAGACCAGCUGCUAAAAUGCUUUAAUGCACUGCAAGAAAUGGUGGAAACGGAAUGGUACGAGUCCAUGAUAGAUACAGUUUCGAGCACAAGAACCCCAUUGAGCGUCCUGGACAGGCAUUGCACCAAAUCAGAAAGUGAGACCACAAGCAUAGCUGCCAAUGCAUUGCCAGAGAAGAGAGAAAUCAAGCGGCGAAAACUAUUCGCUAUUAUAGCAAGUGACAGUAUGGUCCAGCUUAGUUUCACAGUCAGCAGAGAAGAUAACUCUGUUUCGGGGGUAACUCUGCAAUUGGUCGAUUUCUCAUGCUCCAUAACAGAACCGACAGAGGGAUAGCUUAGCUUGCAAUUGAGAGGGCAAAAAGGAAUUUAUUUGAAUUUAUGGUAUGGCGUAAAAAGGUAUUGGGAAGGGACGAAGAAGGGCAAAACAGAGCUUUGAAUGUUAUGCAACUUCUCAAUGUUUAUGUUUCUGGGCAAUAAUGGUUGUGUCUGUUGCUGAUGGCA